UAAACAGUAAUUGAUUAAUGCCCAGGAAUCACGUGCUGCCCCGCAACCGUGCGCCCGAUUUUUUUUUUCCUGGAGGGCAACCCAACCUUAAUAGAUCUUCUUGCCAGGUCCCGCCUCUCCAAACUCUCAGAAAACAUUAGUCCGCAUCACUUCUACCAACACCGAAUUUUGCGACAUAACUGCAUUCACCUCUUCGCACUCACCAGAAUAUUCAAUCUCCAUCCUCUGUUUACCACAUACAAUAAUCCCAGCGUUCACAAUGGCGACUGAGACGCCCACCUUUAAGCUCGUCCUCGUUGGCGAUGGUGGUACUGGAAAGACCACCUUUGUCAAGCGUCAUCUUACUGGUGAAUUUGAGAAGAAAUACAUGGCAACUCUAGGUGUCGAAGUCCACCCUCUAGGUUUCACUACCAACUUCGGUAACAUCACCUUCGAUGUCUGGGAUACUGCUGGCCAAGAGAAGUUUGGUGGUCUCCGUGACGGUUACUACAUCAACGGCCAAUGCGGUAUCAUCAUGUUCGACGUCACUUCUCGCAUCACCUACAAGAACGUCCCCAACUGGCACCGUGACCUCGUCCGUGUUUGCGAGAACAUCCCCAUCGUUCUGUGUGGCAACAAGGUCGAUGUAAAGGAGCGUAAGGUCAAGGCUAAGACUAUCACGUUCCAUCGCAAGAAGAACCUACAAUACUAUGAUAUUUCUGCAAAGUCAAACUACAACUUCGAGAAGCCAUUCCUCUGGCUUGCCCGCAAGCUUGUUGGCAACCCUGCUCUGGAAUUCGUUGCCGCCCCCGCUCUUGCUCCCCCUACUGCUCAAGUUGACGAGAAGCUCCUUGAACAGUACAAGAAGGAGAUGGACGAGGCUGCUACCAUGCCUCUUCCUGGUGAGGAUGACGAUGACGAUUUGUAAAGCAGUCGUUGCAGGAUGAUAGGUUCUACGUACAGGGUUGGCCAGGGUAAUACCGUACAUGCGGGAAGGAUAAAUGGCCAGUUAGGUGAGCUGCUGCGGAUGAGUUACGCACGCUCGGGAUUGGGGUAGAUAGCAUGAUGGCCGUUGAUUUUCUAAUGCAUGGCCGCUUUCACGGCUUCUAGAUAGCAACAUCCCCCCAAAUAGACCUUUAUGAGAGGAACAAAUGCACUAUGCUUUUAUACUUUUAA